AUGGAUGGAUCGACCUUGAGAGACAGUGAGGCUGUAUUGCUGGCAUAUGUACAAUUAAUUGAUGCAGGGCAAUUUUCUGAGGAAAGACUGGAAGGCACUACUAAAUCCCAAGACAUAUAUAAUAAGUUAAAAAACUAUUUAGAAUUGAAGAACAUAUCUAUGAAAUAUAUAACAUCUUGUGCUGUAGAUGGUGCUCCUAACAUGAUGGCCAAGAAAAAUGGCUGCUUGAAAUUGAUUAAAGAUAUAAAUCCUGAAAUAGUUAUUGUGCAUUGUGUAAAUCAUAAGAAACACUUAGUUGCAAAAAAUAUCUCUCCUGUUCUAAAUAAGCCAGUGCCAAAUCUGAGCGUCUUUUUAGGCUGUUUUGUGAAGAGCAAAAUGAAAGCUAUGUUAGACUUUUACUUCAUACUGAAUGAAUUUUUAAAUGACAAACCUGAAAUGAAGAUUUUAUUAACUAUCGAUGGUAAAGCGUUUGUAGGUUAUUUAACAGAUAUAUUUGAAAAAUUGAAUAUAUUAAAUAAACAACUCCAAGGACCAAAUAAAACACUUGUCGAUGCGAAAGCGAAGAUAUUUGGUUUCAUUACAAAUAUUGAAUUGUAUAUAAAACAAGUUGGCAACAGAAAUUUCGAGCAGUUUCAUUGGCUUCAAAAAUGUAAAGCAACUAGUAAUGCUUUACUUGUAAUGACAAAUCAUCUGGAUAAAGUAUCUGUCGACAUGAAGGAGAGAUUUUCUGAUUUGAAACAAAUUGAUUUCCCAGCAUGGAUGUUGCAGCCAGUAAUAGUGGAUUUGACUGAUAUUUCAGAUAUGCAGUAUCAGGAAGAACUUGCUGAAUUUCAAAAUAAUGAGUCAGCAAACACUUUAUUUAAUAGGAAAGGGGCAAUGGUAUGGCUUUGUCAAGAAAUUGAAGCCAAAUAUCCAAAAAUAACCAAGUGCGCAAGAAAGCUUUUCCUGCCGUUUCCAACUUCAUAUUUAGUAGAAUGUGGAUUUAGUGCUGUGAAUGAUUUAUUGAUAAAAAAAAGAAAUAGACUUGAUAUAACAGAACGUGGAGAUUUGAGAUUAAAGCUUAGCUAA